UACCCAGCUGCAUUCACUUUGGGAGCUGUAGACAGUCCCUGGGUUUCUUCAGGUAGCACAGAGAGCGGGGCAGUUUGGACUUGCUAUUUCCUCCAUCACAACAUACAAAAUGCGUGGGCACAAGCUCGGAACUGUUCUGGCCACCAACCUCCUUUGGAUGGUAUUUGCUGUGUCAGAAGAUAUGAAUAUUGAAGUUGGUCCAAGUUCCAGGGUCGCUGCUCAGAUUGGUGGUUCCACCAAGCUGACCUGCACAGUGACUGGCUGUGAGGCCCCUACUUUCUCUUGGAGAACUCAGAUUGACAGCCCCCUGGGGGGGAAGGUGCAAAAUCAGGGCACCAAAUCUACCUUGACCAUGGAUCCGGUUAGCUUUGAGAAUGAACAUUCUUAUCUGUGCACAGCCUCAUGUGGAAGCAAGAAAGUGGAAAGAGGAAUCCUGGUGGAGCUCUAUUCUUUCCCCAGAGAUCCAGAGAUUGAGAUGAGUGGCCCCCUUAUCGUUGGAAGCCCUGUCACUGUUACCUGCAAAGUCCCAAAGGUCUAUCCCUCUGAACGGCUGGAGAUGGCAUUCUGGAAGGAAGAUUCUCAUCAUCCUAUGCAAUUACAUGAGAUUGUGGAGGAUGUUGAUGGGAAUAAUGUGGAGACCAAGGGUUUGCAGAUGACUUUUACCCCCACCAUGGAAGACAUGGGAAAAUCCCUCACUUGUGAGGCCAAGUUACCUAUUGAUGAAAUGGAGUUUGAGCCCAAAGAAAGGAGAACAAUACAGCGACUUCAAGUGAACAUUGUACCCAAGAACACAAUCAUUACCAUCACCCCCUCCAACACUGUGCAAGAAGGAGAUUCUGUUACAAUGACCUGUUCCAGUGAGGGCCUGCCACAGCCACAGAUCUUUUGGAGUAAGAAACAGGAUGAUGAGGAUCCAUUGCCUCUUUCUAAAAAUGCGACGUUCACCUUAGUGGGCACAAGGAAAGAAGAUUCUGGAACUUAUAUGUGUGAAGCAAAGAACCAAUUUGGAAAAAGUAAAAAAGAGGUGGAAAUAACUGUAGUGAAACCUCUUACAGUGGACAUCUCCCCAGGACCAAAGAUUACUGCUCAGAUCGGCGAUUUUGUUGUGCUGACCUGCACCAUGAUGGGCUGUGAGGCCCCCUUUUUCUCCUGGAGAACCCAGAUAGACAGUCCCCUAUGGGGGGAGGUACACAAUGAGGGAACCAAAUCCACCUUGAUCAUGAAUCCCAUUGGCCUUCAGAAUGAACAUUUUUAUCUUUGCACAGCAUCCUGUGGGGACAAGAAAAUGGAAAAAGGAGUCAAAGUAGAACUUUACUCUUUCCCCAGAGAUCCAGAGAUUGAGAUGAGUGGCCCCCUUAUCGUUGGAAGCCCUGCCACUGUUACCUGCAAGGUCCCAAAAGUCUAUCCCUUAGACCGGCUGGAGAUGGCAUUCUGGAAGGAAGACUCUCAUCAUCCUAUGCAAUUACAUGAGAUUGUGGAGGAUGCUGAUGGGGAUAACCUGGAGACCAAGGGUUUACAGAUGACUUUUACCCCCACCAUGGAAGACAUGGGAAAAUCCCUCACUUGUGAGGCCAAGUUACCAAUUGAUGAAAUGGAGUUUGAGCCCAAAGAAAGGAGAACAAUUCAGCGACUUCAAGUGAACAUGCCUCCCAAAGACACACGCCUUACAGUUUUCCCUUCUGAUAGCAUCAAGGAAGGAGACUCAGUUACUAUUUCCUGCACAUCUGGGGAUGUUCCAAAGUCUCAAAUUAUCCUGAGGAAGAAAACAGAGAUGGGAGAUAGAGAGCUCGAGUCUCCAGCCGGCGUUCAUUUCAUACAUGCAGCCCAGUUAGAGGAUGCUGGAGUGUACGAAUGCGAAUCUAAAAAUGAAGGUGGCUCAGAAAUUAGGAGCCUGACACUUGAUGUUAAAGUACCUCCUCGAAACACAACAAUAUCCAUCCAUCCAUCUAGAACUGUUCUUGAAGGGGAAAAUGUCACCAUUACCUGUAAAACUUUUAGUCAUCCUCCUGCAGUGAUGGUCCUCAAAAAAGUUGACGUGGACAAUGAAGUGACUAUGUGUUCACAGAAUGGAACAUUCACUUUAUAUCACGUCACUCCUGAUGACACAGGGGUCUAUAUAAUCGAUGUUUCCAAUGAGGUCGGAAAUGACUCUGGACAGAUUGAGAUCUCAGUUAUGGAAAUUCCUAAAUAUUUUUCUCCUCAACUUCUUGCACUAUACUGCUUAUCUUCCCUGAUAAUCCCAGCCAUUGGAAUGGUCAUAUACUUUGCAAGAAAAGCCAACCACAAAGGUUCUUAUAGCCUGGUAGAUGCCCUGAAAUCAAAAGUGUAGCUGUCAGUUCAACCAAAGACAUUUAUCAGUCAACCUUUGAUCACUGCUCAUCAUUCCAUCUGAAAAACAACAUGCUGUGACUUCAGACUCUUCCUCCUGCACCUGGUAAUCACAGGGAAUGAAAUAUCUGCCUUUUCUUUUUCUUCCUCCAGAAAGGAAGCCAAAGGGAAAGUUGCUACCUGUGAAGUAAGGUUUUUUCACUGGUCCAGUGAAGUAAAAUGGCUGGAGUGGUUCUUUGAGAUGUAUAUAGAAUAGCAUUUUUUGUACAUAUGUAAAAUAAAUAUCCCUAGUCAAAAUAACAUCACUUUCCAUCAAAAUCUCCUCCCAAGAAGAUUAUCCAUCUGAAUACAUUUUAAAGAAUAAUUUAUACCAUUCUCUCUUGAUAAUUUGCCUGGUAUUCUAUUUUUAUAAUUUUUGAUACAUUUUAUUUUGUAUUAACAAGAUGUAAUCUUUAUAAAAUCUCCUGAAAACAAUUUCAUCUUUUGUAAAGAUGGCAAAGUUUCAGACACGGUAUUCUGGAUGAAGAGCCAGCAUUGGAGUCAAGACAACUUGAGUCCAAGUCCUUACUCUGAUAUAUGCUGGCUGUGUGACCAUGGGCACAUUGCUCAACCUCGCCAUGCCCCAGGCAAUUUUCUAAGACUAUAAGUUUUAAGAUUGUAAGAUGAGUUGUUGGACUGAAUUUGUGGAGGGCAUUUCCACCCCAUGAGUUCCUCAAACUGAUGAAAUCACAAGACUGAACUCCUCUUCUCAAAGAGAAAGAGAGAGAAAAUCCAAUAGUGAGUACACUAAGAGGGUUGUAAGUUUCAUUUCAGGUACAAAUAACCAUCACAGAAGGGGCCAAUGGUGGCAUUUCUCUUCUGUGGCUUUAAGGGUUUCCAGUAAAUGAGUGUGUGUUUACAGUCCUUUACACACAGGAGAGACAAAUGCCACCAUAAGACCAAUGACAUUAAAUAUGCCAUAGUUAGUGCUCAAUUCACUAUGGUGGUAAACUGCACUACUUACUCUAUGCGGUACUGGUGUAAUUACGAAAAAUUUUCUAAGUGUGACUGUUCUGUCAAGUCUUGGGUGACUUUCUCUGUUAUCUUCAUUUGGCUUCAUUCUGUAAAGUUUCUUUGUACAGUAAAAAGAUAAAUUCUAAAAUUGGAAGAUGUGUGGUUCUUUGCUAUAAACUAAACUCUUGUA